UAGUGCUUAAAUAGUGUUUUCCUUAGCAAAUGGAUUACGUUUAUUGUGGCGGCACCGAUCAAAUCGGUGCCUCGGAGGACAUUUUAAGUGUUUACGACACAGGCCCCACUCGCAACUCGGACCAUUAUUCGCCCAGUUUCAAUGGCUUCAAUAUUGGCUCCAGCGAUGCUGACUAUGUCGCCAGCCCAAUUCCCAUACUUGCUGACGGUGGUGAAAAUUUUGGCGUCUCCACUGUGGCCUUUGAUGACUACGAGGAGCUGCUCUGGAUGGGCAAUCAAGGUGGCCACGUUACGUCCUACUAUGCGAGUUCCUUGCAGAAAUACACCUCAUUCCAGGUGCACGCCAGCGACAUUGUGCGCCAGAUCAUCACCAUUGACUCGGGAGUGCUGGUGCUGACGCAGACCUCCCUGCGCCACCAGAUCCGACGUGGAUUACCAAAAUUUACGCACAAAUCCAACAACAUGGUGGAAAUGGUUUGCAUGUUGCAACUAUCUCCACAUCGUUUGGUUAUGGCCGGUUUGCAGGAGGAGCUGAUUGAUUUCGAUAUGCGUAGUCUGAAGGAGACGAGAUUGGAGCAUGUUGGCUCCGCCGGAUGCACGGUGCUGCGGAAGAAUUCACGUUAUCUGUUUGCGGGCGAUCAAUUUGGCACCGUCACCCUGCGAGAUUUGAAUACUCUGAGCGUGGAGCACACAAUUAAGACGCACACGAAUAGCUUGUCCGAUUUCGAUGUGCAGGGCAAUUAUCUGAUCUCGUGCGGUUAUAGUGGACGCCAGAAUAACUUGGCUAUCGAUCGUUUUCUCAUGGUCUAUGAUCUUCGUAUGCUACGCCUUAUCUCACCCAUUCAAGUGCUCAUCGAUCCACAAAUGCUGAAGUUUUUACCAUCGUUGACAUCCCGGCUGGCUGUAGUUUCCAGCUAUGGGCAAUUCCAGCUUGUUGACACAGUAGAGUUGAGCGAACCACGCGUCUCCAUGUAUCAAAUCAAUACGAAUGGUAGUCAAUGUUUAAGCUUUGACAUCAGCUCCUCGUCGCAGGCGAUGGCCUUUGGUGAUCAAUCCGGACACAUUAAUACCAUUGCCUCGGUGCAAACUUCGCAACCACAAUUCAAUGCCUUCUCACGGAACACGGAAUUUGCGGAUGUUGUGCCACAGCUGCCAAUGGUGCCGUUUACGGACACAAAUUUUCCAUUGUCUUCGGUGUUGUUGCCACAUUUGACGACAGGUUCCCGUUGGUUUUCCGACUGGCCCGAAGAACUUUUGCGUUACAGCUAUCAUCGGCCCAAGACCAUCGAUGCGGAUGUGCUCAACAGCAUGAAGAUGCAAGGACCCAUUGGUUACUCGCCUAAUCCGCGAACUGCGCGACGCAAUCAGAUACCCUAUAAUCUCUCAGAGCAGGGACAAUGUGGAACCGGGAAUGCCAGUGCAAAUGGGAAUACGGCUGCCACAAAAGCGGAAAGUGGCAUUAAAAUUAUACCCAGACGUUAUCGGAAAGUGGAACUGAAAUACACCAAAUUAGGCACACAGGAUUUUGAUUUUGAGCAGCACAAUCAGACGUGCUUUGCCGGACUGGAGGCUACCUUGCCCAAUUCGUAUUGCAAUGCCAUGUUACAGAUUUUGUACUUCACGGAUCCGCUGCGCACGAAGCUGAUUGGUCACACAUGCUCGAAGGAGUUUUGCCUAUCCUGCGAACUGGGCUUCCUCUUUCACAUGCUGGACAAAAGCACUGCUUCGACGCCCUGCCAAGCCAGCAAUUUCCUGCGCUCCUUUCGCACCGUGCCUGAAGCAUCAGCUUUGGGCCUGAUUUUAACCGAUCGAUCAUCAAAUGUUAAUCUGAUCACCUUAAUUCAGAACUGGAAUCGUUUCAUCUUGCAUCAAAUGCACUAUGAAAUACUCGAUUCGGGCAAAAAUGCGGGCUUAAAUGGUGCUCAGCACUCAUCAGCAGUUGCUGAAAGUAUGUCCACAACGGAAAGUUCCACGCACACGGAAUUGUUUGAAUCAAUCUCUGACGAGAGCGCUAAGGAUGAGGAACGGGAACGUUGCAAGAUCAAUGCGGAAACUGAUAUAAGUUCAAUAUUUGGUACCAAACAGAUAUGCAUAAAUCGUUGCAUCAAGUGCCAGGCAGAGAAAUCUAAAGAGAAUAUUUUGCUGGCCUGUAAUUUAUCGUAUCCCACACACAUCAAGGACAGCGAGCAGCAUUUUGAUUUUGGUAAUAUUCUCAAGCGAUCUCUGAGCUCGGAGAAAAAUAUUCAAGCCUUCUGCGAGAGCUGUAAGAAAUUUUCACCCACCAAUCAAAGUGUUAAGGUAACUUCACUGCCACAAAUACUGGCCAUCAACUGUGGCCUGAAUAAUGAAAAGGAUAUCAGUUUCCUGAAGCGACAACUGAAUCGCUCCGCCGAGAGACCAGCUGCCGAGGCCGCAUCUCUAAGCACCAGCAAACCGUGUCGCUAUGGCAUCAAUUGCUCCCGCAGUGAUUGCCACUUUAUGCAUCCAGAUCGCAAAUCCCCAUCGCAUGCGAACCAGCCGAGCAACAGUUCACCGAGUGCACGGCAGAAAUCAUGGUUUCCCCUCACCUUCAAAAUGGGCAUCAGUGAUACGGGUGAACUGAACGUUCAAUCCCUGACACACACCGCCAAAUCGGAACAAGAGGAGGAGGAUGAGGAGCAGCUGACGGAACAGCAGCCAACGGAAACCAAAAAUCAAGUUCAGCGCAUAUAUGCCCUGAAUGCGGUCGUCUGUCAAAUCGACGAUGGCACCCAAAAGAAUUUGGUAUCGUUGGUGAAUGUGCGACAUAAAUAUCAUACCAUGAAGGCGACCACAUCGGAUGCAUUGGAGGAGACGCAACAGCAAUGGUAUAUCUUUAAUGAUUUCAGCAUUUCACCGGUGGCACCACAGGAAUCCGUUUGGUUCACCCUCGACUGGAAGGUGCCCUGUGUGCUCUUCUAUCGCAGUCUUGAGGAGCACGAAUUGGAGUCGGGCACUGUGGACACAGUUGAGGAGCCAGCCAAAAUUAAUGAAACAUCAAUUAGUACGCCAAACAAUCCUUUCCUACAGGACAUUUUGAAUCCGUUGCCCAACAAUCUCGGCACAGAUGCCACAUUGAAACCGUUACAAGCGAAUGAGAUGCCGCAAGCGGGUGAUUUGAUAGCAAUGGAUGCGGAAUUUGUCACCUUGAAUCCCGAGGAGAAUGAAAUACGUCCAGAUGGCAAAACGGCAACAAUUAAACCCUGCCAUAUGAGUGUGGCGCGCAUAUCCUGUAUACGUGGCCAGGGCCCAGAUGAGGGUGUGCCCUUCAUCGAUGAUUAUAUCUCAACGCAGGAGAAGGUCGUCGAUUAUUUGACACAAUUUUCGGGCAUUAAACCUGGAGAUUUGGAUGCCAAUUUUAGCAAUAAGCGUUUGACGGCCCUCAAAUAUUCGUAUCAGAAACUAAAGUUUCUAGUCGAUGUGGGCGUUAUCUUUGUGGGUCAUGGCCUAAAAAAUGAUUUCAGGGUAAUUAAUAUCUAUGUACCAUCUGAGCAAAUAAUCGAUACGGUUCAUCUGUUCCAUUUGCCACAUCAUCGAAUGGUUUCGCUGCGCUUCUUGGCCUGGCACUUUUUGGGUACAAUGAUACAAUCGGAGACGCACGACUCCAUCGAGGAUGCUCGUACAACACUCCAGCUCUAUAAGCAUUACCUGCAACUCCAGGCGGAGAAGAAAUUUACGCACGCUCUGAAAAAUCUAUACGAUCGUGGCAAACAGUUGCAGUGGAAGGUGCCUGAAGACUAACUAGUGUAAAAUGUUAAUUUUUAUAAAUGCAAAAAACAAGAAGAAAAACAAAAGUGAGGAAUUCCAUUUACUUGUACACAAUAAAAUCAAACUAAUAUAUUUUCA